AGAGUACUACUUUAAACAUGGCUGCGCCCUUGGUAUCUGCCACGGCAAUGUCGUUCAAUAAAUUAGCAGUUAGAACAAAUUUACGGGUUUUGUCAGUGACAUCACCUGUGCUGCAACAUUGCUGCGGGAAGGCAACAAAGCCUCGAAGAUCAAAGAACCCAAAAGGUGCAAAAGGAAAAUAUAGACGGCCUUAUAAGUUUGAUGGUGAAUUUGUUUACAAAGGAGAUAUUUUAGUGAGACAGUUAGGCCUGACCAAUUACCCAGGGGAAAAUGUAGGAAUACAGAAGAACAACACCCUUUAUGCACUCAGGGAAGGUAUCGUUAUGGUUUCCUGUGAAAAACUGAAUCCAUACCCAGACAGCCCAUUAUAUGAGAGAGUAAAAAAUGGAAUGACAAUAUACAAGAAAUUCUGGAAUAUAUAUCCUACACCUGUGCACGCCAAAUUCAAGCUGGUCUCAGAAACCUGAUUUUUAUGGGUUUUAUAGAACUUCAUAACAUUGUGGUAUCUUUAGCUGAAUGUUUAUUUGUUCUGUUUGAAUUCAGAUUAUAAAAUAAUGAUUGAGAAUAUGUUCGUAUUUUGAGCAUUAUUUUCUUCUAUAAACUCAGUUAAGUUCGAAAACAUGCAAAUAUAACAGAUUGACUAGUUGUAUUACAUCAUCUCACGCAACAGACUUUUAAAAAAUGCUCUGCAAUGGAAUUUAUAAUUGUUGAAUAACUAAGAAAAUAGAAAGCUAUUUUUAACUUUUUGUGCCAACUAAAGGGACCACGUUUUGUAGUAAAAAAUCAUGCUAGCAUUAAUAAAAUUGAAUUUUCAGUGUCACUCAAACUAAAUGAGAUCAUCAACAUGUUUACAGUAUGAUAAGAUGCACUUGAAAGUUGAAACCACUGGAAAGUUUAUGAAAUGUGAUUGUUGCUUACCUUGAAUUUUGAAAAUCUGGAAACAUAGAAGGCAGGAAAUGUUUGUCAAUAAAUAAAAGAAGGAAAAAAAUAAAUUUCUAAGUAGUA